CAAGCUCCUCCUCGCCUCAAAAGUUCUGCGACCCUGAUGGUAACCCAUGCCGACCACAGGGAAAUUGUUACCACCUCCAGAAAAUGCUGCUUCUUUCUCGCCACAUCACCGAAGAUUCAGUACAAGUUGGGAGCGGCGACUCUUCAUUUAGUAUUCCCUUCAGGAGCCCAGCAGCAGCAGUGAGCCCAGCAGUAGCAGUGACUCCAGUUCCUGGUCACCGAAGGAGAAUGUCCAGCGCACCGCGAUCCUUGGCCUAGACGGAGUGUUUCCGAUCCAUCAGAGACCACGACGCACCGAAAUCCGUUUGCGCCGAAAUCCGUUUGCGCCAGCGUCUCGUGUUAGAGUACUCAAACGUGAAAGCCGUUGGUCGGUUUGGUCGAGUCAUCGUUGGCGGCUCUUCUCCGUCGCCAGUCACACCCGCCGUCUCCCGCGUCUGCCUCUCACCUGUCGCCUGUCGCCUGUCGCCUGUUGCCUGUCGCCUGUCGCCUCUCACCUGUCGCCUGUCGCCUGUCGCCUGUCGCCUGUCGCCUCCGCCGCUUUUCUUCCUGCGACAUGGAUUCGUCGGUCGACGACUUGGACGAUCUUCUCGAUAGCGCACUGGAGGACUUCCGCCAAGACCCACCAGCAGCUGCUCCCAACUCAAGCACGCCCCCCCCUGCCGCUGCUGCCUCUCCUGCCGCCACCAGCGGCACCAGCACCACCAGCAGCGCCACUGCCGCCGCUCUCCCCGCGCCAACACCCCCACUGCGUGCUGCUGCUUCGCCGCCCCUCCCUCUCUCUCCUGACGCACCCGCAGCCGCAGGCAACGCCAGUGAGGCGCCACAUGCAGCCUCUGGCCCCACACCCACACCCACACCCACACCCACACCCACACUUGCAGCAGCACCCGCAGCAGCGCCGCUGGGACUAGGGCUUGGGCUAGGGCUGGGUGGGGGCCUGCCGGCCCUGCCAGGGAAGAAAAAAGGAGCCGCGCAAACAGGCAAGAAAAAGGCCGCUGCUGCUGCUGCUUCUGGCGUCGAUGCUGGUGCUGGCAGUGGAAGCAGCAGCAGCGGGAGCGGAGGCAAAACGGGCGGCAUAUCGUCCACGUUGGAGCAGCUGCAGCAGCAGACGCAGCGCACAGUCAGCGGUAUUGGGGAGGGGGACGCCACAAGAGUCGGGGCAGGAGCAGGGCGAGCAGGAGCAGCAGGAGGUGGAUUGCCUGCGGGGCUGGGGGCUGGCUUCCCGGGGCUGGAGGGGUUGGGAGGGUUGGGGGGGGAAGGGGAGGAGGUGGAUGAGGCGGCGGUCGAGAGACUGGUGAAGCAGUUUGAAGACAUGGGCACGCAG